AUGUACCUCAGCAGCAUGCCUGAAGAUUUACCAAGGCCUGAUCAAUGCAUCAGCUCCAUGUGCAGCUCUUCAGUUCCUACUGAAGAGUAUGCCAACAGACGAUGGUCUAAUCAAACUUCUGCUACCCGCACAGUCAGGAUAUCUGCGGCAAUCAAUAACGAACUAGUAAAUUGCCUUUCCUUCCCCAUGGAUUUCACCAAACCCCGUACCUCGAAAAUACCUGGCUCCCGGGCCAAAGUACGAGGCUAUCCGCCGUCCGCUGCAUUCUUAAAUAUCAGUCUUGCCGUGUUUGAUGAGGCUAGUCACUGGAUAUCUAGCGAUGCCUAUAGCCAACUUCGCGAAGAAUUUGUGCCGCUAGAUAUGGCUAAUAAGUUUACAAUGCGCCAGCUUAACCCAAAUAUCUUCUGCCGACUCAUCCGCUCUGCACUCGAAAGAAGGACGCAACUCCCUUACUUCAUAAUCAUGGAACUUUCUAAGGCCCAGUCAUCUGAAGAUGUUUGGGGGGUAGAUAAUGAGCAAGAGCUUCGUGAAAAGGUGCCUCUACUUCGGGCGCGGUCGCUCAGGUAG